AUGACGGCUAUGAACAAAAAGAAGAACCUGCUCCUCACCGCUGCCCUCGUGUUGGUGCAGUCGCUGUCUUGUUCUGCGUUUGUUACCGCUCCUCCCUUGACAUGUCCCACUUUGACGACGACACAGCUGGAUAUGUACGCCGACAAUUGGAUGACGGGUUCUUCUGGUUCUCGUCAGACAUAUGCAUACAACGGCUAUGAUCGCCAUCCUUCUCCCAACCGGGGCGGUGGCAUGAUACGACAAGACCGUCCUUUUUAUGACGAUCGUCUUCAAGGCGGUGGCCGUUAUCCUUCUCCUACUUACUCGAAUAAUGAUUACGGUGGUGAUCGUUCGUAUCAUCGUCGUUCUUCUUACGAUCGCCACGACUAUGAAAAUUCCAGCAUGGACUACAAGCAACAAGAUUUGUGGCGUCAUCAACGCGCCAAUGAAAACUUUAUUGAGAAUCCCUACGGUACCAGUCGCUACCAUGGCGGUCAGCAUUACCGUCAGACGGUGGGAUCAUUCGAUGAGUAUGAUCGUCAGAAUUUGUACCACGACGUCACAAGGCCGCAACGACGUCCUCGUGGCAUGGCCCGUCAAGAACAAAUCAUGCGACAAAAAUACGACCGCGAUGCCUUUAUCGAACGUCCGUACGGGAAUAGACGUGGGCCGUGGUAG